CGCAGAGCGCGGUGGGGGAAGAUGGCGGCGGCGGCGCGGCUGUGGCGGCGCGGGGGGCGCGGCCCCCGCGUGUUCGGCGCCGGGCGGUUUUUCAGCCGUGGGCCAAAUGUGCUGCAUCAAGACAGCAGUGCACCACAAGCUGCAUUCUUCUCACCUCUUCAAAAAGUGAUGUUGCCACCAAAUACCUACCAAGGGAAAGUGGCCUUUAUAACUGGUGGAGGUACUGGGCUUGGCAAAGGGAUGACGACAGCCUUGUCCAGUUUAGGUGCCACGUGUGUUAUAGCAAGCCGGAAGCUGGAUGUUUUGAAAGGAACAGCAGACGAAAUUUCUUCUAAAACAGGGAAUAAGGUUCAUGCCAUCCAGUGUGAUGUGAGAGAUCCUGUUUCAGUUAAGAAUGCUGUUGCUGAAACAAUCCAAGUAGCAGGACACCCUGAUGUUGUGAUAAACAACGCAGCUGGAAACUUUAUUUCCCCUUCUGAACGACUUUCUGCUAAUGCCUGGAGAACAAUAACUGAUAUUGUACUUAAUGGUACUGCUUUUGUAACUCUGGAAAUUGGAAAGGAGCUCAUUAAAGCACAAAAAGGGGCAGCAUUCCUGGCUAUUACAACAAUUUAUGCAGAGAGUGGUUCAGGAUUUGUGUUGCCGAGUGCCUCUGCCAAGGCUGGUGUAGAAGCAAUGAGCAAGUCUCUUGCGGCUGAAUGGGGUAGAUAUGGCAUGAGAUUCAAUGUGAUUCAACCAGGUCCAAUAAAAACAAAGGGUGCCUUUAGCCGCCUUGACCCAACAGGUGCAUUUGAGAAGAAGAUUAUUGAGAGGAUUCCCUGUGGUCGUCUGGGAACUAUAGAAGAAAUUUCAAAUCUUGCUGCAUAUUUCUGCAGUGACUAUGCAAGCUGGGUUAAUGGAGCAGUUAUCAGAAUGGAUGGUGGAGAAUAUGUUUCUAUGGCAGGAGAAUUCAAUGAUUUGAAGAGGGUUACCAAAGAGCAGUGGGAUAUGAUGGAAGCAAUGAUUAGAAAAACAAAAGGCUCAUAAAGUGCUUGACUUUAUGGUGGAGAUUCUUGGAAAUGAACCACUACUUUUUCAUUAAUAUUUAGAAAUAACCAAUUAAGAAGUAGCCUUCAAAAUCUUUUUUAUGCUAAUUUAAUAAAAUAUUUUGAAAUUGUGGUAUUUUGAAUGUAGUUUGUACAUUUUUCCAAUGUAAAAUCUAUUCUGUUGCCGAUAGUGAACAAUAGUUGGUCACUAAUAUUUCAUUGAUCUUUAGAUUGUCUUACAUAGCCAUGCUAUUAUCUACAAUCAGCCUUUUUUUUUUUUUUGAUCUUCUGAGGAUUUUUUUUUGUCAUAUAUAUGCAAGUGUCACUUAAUAUUGUAAUACAAAUAGCAUUUCAGUACUGUCAUAACUGAAUGUAAUCAUUAAUCUGAAGAGAGAAACAAAAUACUAAGUCCCAAUCUUCACACUUCAGUAAGAAGUUCUAAACUUGCCAAUACUCUUUUGUGACAUUUUCAGUCUGUUAAUUAUCUUUUUCUGAACUUUAAAAAUGCAGUGCCUUUCUGAGGAGCUUGCUCUUUGUCAUAAUGAAGUUAAUGUUCUUGAAAAUGAGAAGCCAAAAAUCAUUUGUUAUUACAUAUGUGUGACUAUGGCAGCUCUCCAUAAAAAGCGGUUUAUUUGAGACUGUUAAAGGGAUGUUGGUAUAUUGAGACUGAAAGUAUUGAAACCUCAUUUGUUGAAAUGUAGAAAAAAAUCCCUUGGUUUCAUUUGCAUUCACAAUUUGGUACUAAAAAAACAUCUAGCUAGCAUUACCUCUGAAUGUAGUCAAUUUAUCCAUCCCAGAUAAGCAGGUGAUAAAAAAAUUGCUCUCCCUCUUUUAUCCAAAUUUAGAGUUGGUAGAUUUUGUCCCUUAUGCCUCAGACAACGGCUGGAAUUCUUCAAAGAAAUGAUCAGCCUCUGGCCUUUACAACCUGAAUCAAUAUUUUUUUUUUUUUUUGGUGUUUAGCUAGAGCUCCUGCCCGUCCCACAUACAAGCAUGUACUUAGUUUUAUGUGCUUUGAGACUAAUACAUUGAUUUAAGAGUCAGGGCAAUAGAACCAAUUUAAGGAUGUCUUCCUUCAGGUGCUGGUGAUGGUCAUAUAUUUUUCCACGGAAUCCAGGGCAUACUUAACAUAUGCCAACAUCUGACUUAAAGUCACUUGAUUGCCUUAUUACAAAUCUGAAGCAAGCUAAGAUGUAUUCUGCUGAAAGUGUGGACUGUAUUAGUGCAGGCUUCCAUGUGCCUUUCUCCUGGGAGUGAUGGUCCUGUGUGGGAUUGAACAGCCACUGAUAAUAAAACAAAUCAACUGUGUUUAUUGGAGUAGCCUUCAAAGUGUUCUUGAGAACAGUGUAAAGCUUUUUUAUGGUAGCUUGGGUUUGGUAGGUGUGUUGCCAAGAUCAAAUUCUGACAUGACAGCCAUGUCUUUUCCCCAAAAAGUGAUUUAAUUGAGAAAUUAGGUCCAUAUAUACUGUUUUUUGCUCAUCAUCCUUUGCAUAUAAUUAUAUUAUCUUCUUGUCUGGGACACAGUUUCAUAUAAGACUUUGACAUUUGAAAAAAAAGUGCUUCAGAGAAAAAUUCAAAUGUAUGUUUGUGAGAUUCACAUCUCACGUUAUUUUUAACAUCAAUUAUUUCUCUGAAAUGUCUAGUAGCUUAUCCUCUGGUGACAGGCUGUCAAUAAAAAUAAGUUCCUCUCA